GACCUACGGUGUGGUGCUCCCCCUUCCGUAUCAUCUGCGUCCUUUUUUAUCUCAAUCACCCCGUCAGGUUCCUGUCAGUCAAUUGAUUCCGCUAUGGCCUGGCAGAGGCCUAAUUGCAUUGUUCGUGCGGUGCAGCAGUCUGUCCGUCAGGCGACUCCCGUGCGGCCUUUUCUCCAGUCCUCCGCAGCUCCUCUUUCUUCGAUUCCUACACACUUUCUUCCACGACAACGGAUACAGACUCGAGGCUAUGCAACUGAGAUAGAAGGGAAGGUGGAAGGCAAUGAGAAUGCCGAAGUGACCGCUGCGGUGGAAGCUGCUGCUGCUGCUACUCCGGCUCGGGCAGCCCCCGAGAUUGACUUUGACAACUUCCAAACCAACCCUGCCCGAGUUAUCCCCGCAUCACCAUCCUACUUCUCUGGCAGCCCCAAAUUCAUUGAUCACUUGCUGAACCUGGAGAGAAUUCUGGCCAAAUAUGCCUCUCUACCGAUAGUGGCCCCGGCCGAUGCACCCCGAAUGGCGUGGUUCAAGCUCACCCAGUUCCGUGACUUUGUUGGCGAGCCGGUCCCGACCAAGAAAUACAGAAACCUUGUGAAGCUCCUGCAGCGACUCAACCGAAUCGAACCGGCACUUCUCCCCGGGGAAGUGCGUAAAACGCUGGGCAGUUUCCUUCGUCCCGGUAACCCGUAUGGAAAUCAGCCAGAACCCCCGACGGUGGAUGAACAGGGUCGGGCCCGGGGACGAGGAAAGCGAAAGACAUCUUCGUCGGUGGUCCACCUGGUUGAAGGAGAGGGCGAGGUGAUGGUGAAUGGAAAGACACUGUCGGAGUUUUUCCCGCGUCUGCAUGACCGGGAGAGUGCAACAUGGGCAUUGCGGUGUACAUCGCGGUUGGACAAGUAUAAUGCCUGGGUGAGUGUCCAGGGCGGAGGAGUGACAGGCCAGGCGGAAGCUACGACAUUGGCCAUGGCCCGCGCAUUGCUGGUGCAUGAGCCGGCACUGAAGCCAAUUCUGCGUCAAGCCGGUGUCAUUACGGUGGAUGCCCGUCGGGUGGAGAGAAAGAAGCCAGGACACAUCAAGGCGCGCAAGAUGCCCACCUGGGUCAAGCGAUAAAGAGGAUUGGGAGUAUGGUAUUGUUUAUUUCCCACUUGUAUUAUUCCACCUGUCAUUGCGAUUUUCGACGAAGUAUAUCCUGUAUUCCACAAGUCAUCACGUGUUGAACCGUGUAUUAGCGAUCUCAAUAUAUUGUACGGAUAGCCUACCAUCCAUCGAUAAAUACCUAAAAUAUAAUUGAACAGCCACCUGAUGUAAUAACACAAAUCGGGA